UUUCUUUUGUUACUUGUUACUCAUACUCUGAUACUCAUUCUCACCAAAAGAGUAAUUGGCCAAAUAAAAUCAAGGGUUAAUUAUCUGUCAGUUCAGUCCUUGAUAGUGUUUUUUGUAUCAACAUCACUUUUAAAUAAACAAAUACCGUAAACUUACAUAUUUACACAUAUAUGUAUAUAAAUUACCAAGUACAUAAAUAGGUACAUAGAUUGCAAUGUACCUUUGACGUUUAGUCAUGUUGUCGUCAUACGUCUUUCCAAUAACAAUCAUAACAAUUACAUUAAUUAUUAAUAACUAAUUAUUAAUAAAACAUUUUAUUUUAAUCAAAGUAUUUUCAAAAAUUUAAUUAUUAAAUUAUCCAGCAUUGAAACUUUCAACACUCGGUUAAAAAAAAAAAUAAAUAAAUAAAUUGUUGACAAAAAAAAAAAACGUGACUGUUUUUUAAAACUUAAAAGGCAUCACCAAAAAAAGUGUUUUAGCACACCAUCAUCAUCAUCACUAUUAAAUCAUUUAUUCAGAUGUCCAGAUAUUUUUUUGACAUAACAGGGAUGGCGUCAAGCUCAGUAAGCCAAGAAGACUUUGACAACGAUUACGAAUUAACGUCACGACGUCCACGAAUCAGGACAGCUAGAGCACGUGCUAUUCCACCAGCCCGGGCAACCGCUAAUGUUUCAAGUUCAGCAGCUAAUGAUAUUAUUACACUUAAUUUUCAAAAAAAUCCAGUAGAUGAUGAACCAGGAAUCUGCGACUCUGGAUCCACAAUAUUACCUGGUGAUCAUGAUACACAACAAAAUAACAAACCGAUAAUGCGUAAACAGGACAAACGAAUAACGAAUCGUGUAUCUAGUGUCGUAUCGUGUUUGCACAGGCCGAUUCAUAUCAACAAGGGAAAGCAGCAAAGAGACAGACGAAAAUUGAGGGAAAAAAGACGAAGUACUGGCGUCGUUCAUUUGCCGUCGACGGAGGUAACUAUUUUAAAAAGUACUGGAGGUAGUACUGGAGAAGAUGAAGAAGAACUUGUUGGGACAUGUGUUGAAACUAAAAACAAUACUCAACAUAAUGAAUUUCUUGAUCAUGAACUUAUUGAAGAGCGGACUGCUAAAGUUUAUACGCAACGAAGAAAUAAGAGUCAUUCCGAUCUGGAAGCCGAUGACGAAGAAUUUGAUUCCUUGAACCAAUCAGACAGCGUAAAUCAAUCAGAUCAUGGCAACCAUAGCAGUCAUCCCCAUCCAUUAAAUUCAAACAUCAAUCGCGAUCAUGUCUCAACACCUACUGAUGAUGAUCCCCAGGGACUUCUAGAGCGUGCACAGGAAGAAAAUAGACGACUUUUAACUUUACUCGAGAGCCAGGAUCAGAAAAUAAUGGCGCUGGAAGCUCAACUGCUGCAGCAGCAGCGCGAAAUGGUAAUUGAGCGCGAUAGACUACGCGACGAAAACGCUGCACUUAUUCGUGCCAUGGCUGCUCUGGCUAGCAACUAAUUAUUAUUAUUAUUAUUUUUUUACUUAAAUUUAUUACUCUUUCGCCUAAAUUUAAUUAUUGAUGUUAUUAUUAUAUUUAAUUGUAAUUAGUUACAUAGAUUGUAAUUUUUAAAAUAUUUUUCUCAAUUAUCUUUGACUUUUUUUUUUAAUGUACUGUAGAAUUUAAGUGAUAAAUAUUCUUGUAUCUUUUCAAUAAUAAUUAUGCUUAUAGUGAAUA